UCAAGCUUAUAUUUUUAUAAAUUUUAUACAAUUUGGUUUACCUAUACUUAAAGAACGACAAAAAUGUGCGAGCAGGAAUUCAGAACAAUGCGAAUAGAUCCACGUUAUCCAUUUCAAAAUCAAACAAAAGCUUGUUACGACAACUACUGUGACUUCUACCGCUGCACGCGGCUACUCGGAGAGGUGGACGACUGCAAGAUAUUCAAGCGCUACUUCCAGACAAUCUGCCCCAAUUUCUGGAUCGAGCAUUGGGACGAACUGAGAGGAAAGGGCGCUUUUCCAGGACCUAUCUAAGUCUAU